UGUUGCCAAUUUGCUGGAUCCGCCUGUGCCCCUCCAUCCUUGAAUGUUACAUUGUAGCCAGGUUAUAUCAAGAGAUUACUGUGUCAAAGACCCUCCUAUCUUCCACUCUGAUUUGCUGAAGUAAUUAACGGUAUCUUAGUCGUGCAUACUGAUAUGGAUCAUGGACCCCCACCUUGAGAAAUUUUUGAUUAUGGACUCCCCCUCCUUAAAAUUCCCCGGUCAUCUGACUUGAACUCUCUAAUCUCGUUAGUCUGCUUUUCUCUGUCUGGUUUGUCAUGCUCCAAACCAGGUUGAAAAUUUUGCAAGCCUCUGGCUGUACUUAUUCCUUUAUUAUCUGUACCAGUUUUUCAGUUUUCGCAUAUGCUGCUAUUAGAGGUUAUGAAGGUUUUGUUGAUAUCAAUUAUUGUAAGGACAUGAGCGCGCAUUUAGUUUUUGACUAUCCGUUUGCGCUCUCGGAUGUGAAAUACAAGCUUGAGAAACCGUGUGUCUCCAGCAAGGAUACAACAUUUAUCGAUCUUGCCGGCGAUUUUUCACUCGAAAGCGAGUUGUUCGUUGUGUCUUGUUGGAUGUCAUUCCUGUACUGCAUAAUCAUUAUUUACAUUUACGUCAAGUUGACUCCUCAUUAUGAAAGUAAUGUGAAGUGGCCUAUCUACGACUUCCUGGCAUCAUUGAUUGUAAGUGGUCUCUGGAUUUUCCAUUUUGUCAUUUGGGCAAGAGCCGUCUCCGGAAUAAAAGAAGCAACAGAUCCGGAUCGUGUGGUGGAAGAAUGUAAAAUUGAGCUUCAUUGUUUGAGAGCAACAACAAGCCCCUAUUUCGGAUUGAAUCUCUCGAUUGCAUUAGGUCUGAUCAACGUGAUUCUCUGGACAUCCAAUCAGUGGUUUCUCUUCAAAGAAACACCUUGGUUUGGGCAAGGCACUGCUGUUAGCAUGAGAGGCGGUCCUGCCCUUCACAUCUAAUCCAUAAUUUAACAACUUAUCAUUCCAAAUCAUGUAUCUAUUGUGCUUUUAUUUUCUAAUUUUUUAACCAUUUUUAAUGCACUAUUCAUACUGGCCAGGCCAUGUAUGUUUACUAAGUCUCCAGUUUUCUUGCUUGAUUUUAUACCACUCUGGUGCAAGUAUUUUGCAGCAUUGAGGCAAACUUUAAUUAAUUGAUCUCAUGUUGUUUGCGUCGCACCCCGAAAAGCAUAGGCCUAAUUUUUUACCAUUAAAAUUAGGUACUUCACUAGUUUUAAGUCAAUCACGAAUCGCACAUCUACGUUUGUGAUGUAAUUAA